CGAGCCAAGGGAGAGGAGCAGGGAGCAAGAGGGGACAAACUACGUUUCUCUGAGCACUGUGCACUUUGGACAAGUUGACAUUGACACAGUUAGGCCUACAAAUAUUGAUUUAAACUAGAGUUAUGUGUUAUGAAGUGGAUGAUCAAACAUAUUCAUGGAUUUUUUUAAAGUGCGUAAUGGCACGACUUCAUCAAGAACGAUGUUUUUAUGGGUAACUUUAUAAAGAAAGACCAGGCCUAAUCUUUAUUUUAAAACGCAUUGAACUUAUCUAAUUUAAAAAGGCAUGUUUUCUGCGUGUUACCCUCCUGCUCAGUAUAGCGACUCAUGGGAUGUAGCAAAUGGAGAGCUGUGUUCAACUUUGGACACCUGAAGGCGCAGUCCAAACUUUCCGUCUUCCUUACCAUGAUCAUCAUUUUCACUUACUUAUUUUACUGUCUCUCUGGGUACUGCGAAUCCUUACCAAGACCUGUAUACGAACAACAGACAACUUUUAUCAACAAAAUCUUAGGCCUAAAUGAUGAACUGAAGCAACAAAAGCUCGACCCGCACAAGAACAGUUCUCCCGGCUCGGUUGUUCGCGAACUCCCCGGCUUUGACAGUGUUGACUCACUCAUGCAGGGCAAUGAUAACGAACUACGACCGGAUAACAACAUCUCUAUAGCCAAUAACUUCGGUAGUAAAACUUUUCCUCAGGCAAUCAUCAUCGGAGUAAAGAAAGGAGGCACGCGCGCGCUUCUGGAGUUUCUGCGCAUUCACCCGGAUGUCAGAGCUGUGGGCGCCGAACCCCACUUCUUCGACAGGUUCUAUGAUAACGGAUUGGAAUGGUACAGAAACUUGAUGCCUCGGACGUUGGAAAGCCAGAUCACCAUGGAGAAGACACCAAGCUACUUCGUCACCAAGGAGGCUCCUCGGCGUCUCUUCGCCCUGAGUCGUCAUACCAAGCUGAUCGUGGUGGUCCGAGACCCCGUGACCCGGGCCGUGUCCGACUACACCCAGACGCUGUCCAAACAACCCGGCCUUCCGUCUUUCCAGAGCCUGACCUUCCGGAACUCCACCACGGGCCUCAUCGACACCUCCUGGAGCGCCGUGCGCAUCGGGAUCUACGCCAAGCACCUGGAGAACUGGCUGCGCUACUUCCCCCUCUCGAAGUUCCUCUUCGUCAGCGGGGAGCGGCUGGUGACGGACCCGGCCGGGGAGAUGGGCAGGGUGCAGGACUUCCUGGGGCUGAAGAGGUUGGUCACGGACAAACACUUCUACUUCAACCAGACCAAGGGUUUCCCCUGCCUGAAGAAGCCUGAGGGGAGCAGCAGGCCACGCUGUCUGGGGAAGUCUAAGGGAAGGCCUCAUCCACAGAUCUCUCCAGAGGUGCUGCUCAGGCUCAGGGAGUUCUAUAGGCCAUUCAACAUGAAGUUUUACCAAAUGACAGGCCAUGACUUUGGCUGGGACUGAUGGAAAUGGGAUGGGAUAGAGCAUAGACAUGUGUCUCCAGAGGAUCUACAGGCCUUGUAAUGGCCACUUAACCUGAGGUUUUGCCAAAUGACAGGUCCUCGUGACUUCGGCUGGGACUGGUGGAAACAGACAGACUAGUAUAUUUUGGUUUUUAAAGAGAGGGUUUAAAUCUCCUUGUAUAAACAGAUGUGAUUUUCCUAGUAUGAUUGUUGUGUCGCUGCAAUGUAAUAAAAAAUAAAUAUUCUGACAAAACUGCUCCAUGAGCCAAAUAUUCAUCCCAAAUAUGCUAAUACUAUUUCAAUAAACUAGACUAGACUAAACUAAAUAAGCCAAGUGCAUUUCUAAAAUAAUUGUAUUAAUGACAGAUAAUUUUUACUGUUAUCCCAUUCUCAUGUUUGAAAAUGCAAUCGCAAAGAUGUUUAGGUAACAUUAUUUUUAACAAUGCAGAAGACUAUUACUGGUAUAAAUGCUGGACGAUGUACAAUUGUUUUGUUAACAAAAUAUAUUACUGAUUUACUCUGUGUGCUGUAAAAUUGCUAUUAUUUAUGUUGCAAGUGUUAUGCUAUUGAGAAUUGUGGUAUAUGCUAUAUCUGUAUCCCUUAUCUUUCUUCAUUGUUUGUUUCAUACCAAACUCAUAAACUGUACCCCUCCUUGACUGUACAUUUCUGGAAGCAUAAUUUAUUAAAAUGUUUGAGAUGUUU